AUGUCGCGGUAUCCAGGAGCUGAGAACUCGUACAAACCACACGAAGACCCUGCUAUAAACGAGCAACAUCGAAUAGCAACACAUCUUGGCUGGUGCGAUAAAGGAGGAUUCCACGAAUUGAGAUCUCACUAG